AUGUCUACAGAAGUUGGCUCAAUGGAAGCGAUAUCCUCAAGCGAAGGUGCUGACGAUGUCAAAGACUUGGGCGAACUUGAAGAGCAGCUCAGGCAACUUCGACAAAAGCGUGACGAGUUAAAACGAAUAUUUGAAGCAGAAUGCACAACUACAAGUAUGUCAGAGGUUGUUGGUCGAAUCCAAGGGAGUUCACAUAAUGAUGAUAAUGAAUUCAAACGACAGCUUAUUGAACAAACCAUUCGUACUCCUAAACGAUCUGAAAGAGAAGAGCUGCUGCGAGCUUAUCGUCUGACAGGCAAGACGAUAUUUUCGGUUCCUAAUAAUGGAAUUGGAUUAAGGUUUGAGACGUUCUUUGGAGGACGUUAUCACGAAUCAUAUUACAUCAUUCUUCGUUUGAACAGAGCUACUGAUCAGCUAGAAAUAGUAAAGCACACGAUACCACAUUUUAUUCCAAUAGCUGAUAUUCAAAGAGAACAUUUGAACACCAACAUAGACACAUUCAUCUCAACAAUCGAUAACAACCUACAGGCAUUCGUAGCAAGACGCGAACAAUUAUCGCAAUUAGAGAAAGUCAAUGGGGCAGACAGAGAUAACAAUUCCGAAUAA